AUGGGACAGGAGAAGGAGAAAACACGUGGCAGAGAGGCCAUUGCUCCGUCCACAGUGGAGACUGGCAUGGACAACCCAGGGCUGGAGCUCACGGAAGAAGGAUUAAAUCCUGAGGGAACCAGGAGGACUGAAGAGCAAGGACAAAGCCUUGGGGAUGGGCUCGGGCCUUCCAUUUACCAGAGGAGGAGCUUACUACAACCUUUCACCAGGGCAAGAAGUUUCUGCAAAACACAUGCCAGCUUGUUCAAGAAGAUUCUGCUGGGCCUGUUGUGUUUGGCUUAUGCUGCCUACUUCCUGGCAGCCUGCAUCUUGAAUUUCCAGAGGGCACUGGCCUUGUUCGUUCUCACCUGCUUGGUGCUCUUGGUCCUGGCUCACCGCUCCCUGAAACGUUUGUUUGGUAAAAAAUUAACAAGAUGCGUGAAGCCCUUUAAAAACUCCUGCCUGAAGCGUUGGAUGAAAUGGGUGUUCGCUGGAGUUGCAUUGGUUGGCCUUAUCCUGUGGCUGGCUCUAGACACAGCCCAAAGGCCAGAGCAGCUGAUGUCCUUCGCAGGAAUCUGCAUGUUCAUCCUCAUCCUCUUUGCCUUCUCCAAACACCACAGGGCAGUGUCCUGGAGGACGGUGCUAUGGGGCCUGGGACUUCAGUUUGUCUUUGGGAUCUUGGUCAUCAGAACUGAUCCUGGAUUUAGUGCAUUUCAGUGGCUGGGAGACCAGAUUCAGAUUUUCCUGAACUACACUGUGGCUGGCUCCAGUUUUGUCUUUGGGGAUAUGCUGGUCAAGAAUGCCUUCGCUUUUCAGGCCUUACCGAUCAUCAUUUACUUUGGAUGCGUGAUGUCCAUUCUCUACUACCUGGGCCUUGUGCAGUGGGUAGUGCAGAAGGUCGCCUGGUUUUUACAAAUCACCAUGGGCACCACUGCCACAGAGACCCUGGCUGUGGCAGGAAACAUCUUUGUGGGUAUGACAGAGGCACCUCUGCUCAUCCGACCGUACCUUGCAGACAUGACACUCUCUGAAAUCCACGCAGUGAUGACUGGAGGGUUUGCCACCAUUUCAGGCACUGUGUUGGGAGCCUUUAUAUCCUUCGGGAUCGAAGCGUCAUCCUUGAUUUCUGCGUCUGUGAUGGCUGCCCCUUCUGCUCUCGCCUUGUCAAAGUUGGUAUAUCCAGAAGUGGAGGAAUCCAAGUUCAAGAAUAAGGAGGGGGUAAAAUUGCCCCGUGGGAAGGAGACGAAUGUCCUGGAAGCUGCCAGCAAUGGAGCCACAGAUGCCAUAGGCCUUGCUACUAACGUAGCAGCUAACCUGAUUGCCUUUUUGGCUGUGUUGGCCUUCAUCAAUGCUGCCCUCUCCUGGCUAGGGGAAUUGGUAGACAUACAGGGGCUCACUUUCCAGGUGAUUUGCUCCUAUAUCCUAAGGCCCAUGGUUUUCAUGAUGGGUGUAGAGUGGGCAGAUUGUCCAAUGGUGGCUGAGAUGGUGGGGAUCAAGUUCUUCACAAAUGAGUUUGUGGCCUAUCAGCAACUGUCUCAGUACAAGAACAAACGUCUCUCUGGAAUGGAAGAAUGGAUCGAAGGAGAGAAACAGUGGAUUUCUGUGAGAGCUGAAAUCAUUACAACAUUUUCACUCUGUGGAUUUGCCAAUUUUAGUUCCAUAGGAAUCACACUCGGAGGCUUGACAUCAAUGGUACCCCACCGGAAGAGUGACUUGUCCAAGACUGUGGUCAGUGCCCUCUUCACAGGGGCCUGUGUAUCCCUCAUCAGUGCCUGUGUGGCAGGAAUCCUCUAUGUUCCCAGGGGAGCCGAAACUGAUUGUGUCUCCUUCCUAAACACAAGUAUCACCAAUAGAACCUAUGAGGCCUAUGUGUGCUGCAGAGGGCUCUUCCAGAGUACUUCUCUGAGUGGCACCAACGCUCCUUCUUUUUCCGGUCCAUGGGAAAAUAAAGAGUUCAGUGCCAUAGCCCUUGCUAACUGCUGUGAAUUCUAUACCAAUGCUGCGUGUGCCUAA